AUGGUUAUUACCAAAUCUACAUCCGUACUUGAGGAAUGGCACAACCUUCCCUCACCACCUGCUACCUUUCACCCUGAUCGGGCUGAAGGCCCAAAAGAACCAACAGUUGCCGCAGGAACUAUCAGCAACUCUUUACAGUCCUCAGGAUCUAGUUUCAGCAAUACCCUCACCGACGGGGAGACCAUCGACUGGGAGACCAGAUCUCCAGAGAAGUACUGGGAUGGCGACGCGAGGUCCGCCCACGCCACCGAUGUCAGCCACAUUGCCAGCAAACACAAUGUCGACCUUCAACAUGGACUCGAUGGAAAGGAGGCGGCAGCUCGACUUGAACGGUAUGGCCCUAACAAGCUUGAGAGUGUUGGGGGAGUAUCGCCGUGGAAAAUCCUCUUAAGACAGGUCUCCAAUAGUUUAACCAUUGUCCUCUUACUUGCUAUGGCAUUAUCAUAUGGCACACUAGACUUUAUUGAAGGUGCUGUCAUCUCAGCAGUCAUUCUUCUGAAUAUCAUCCUUGGGUUCGCCCAGGAUUUUCAGGCCGAGAAGACUAUGAAGUCUCUCCAAGGACUGGCCGCUCCCACUUGCAAGGUUGUCCGAAACCAAGGCAAAGUUGAUUCUAUCAAGGCCGAGACGCUUGUCGUCGGAGAUGUCGUUCAGAUAUCUGUCGGCGACGUCGUCCCAGCUGAUGUUCGAAUCUUCGAUGGUGUCAAUCUAGAGAUCAACGAGGCUCUGCUCACUGGAGAGUCGUUACCUGUGAUCAAGACGCCAAAGAUCAUCUUGAAGCAGCGGGAUAUUUCACUGGGAGACCGUACUAACUGUGCCUACUCUGCCACUACAGUGACUAAGGGUCGUGGUACCGGAGUAGUCAUCUCCACGGGCAUGCAGACCGAGGUUGGCUGCAUCGCUGAAAUGCUUCAAGACCGUAAGUCGAGCAAGGAGGGCAGUGCCUUUACCCGUUUCUUCAAAAAACUCUGGGUUGGUAUCAAGAACAUUCUUGGCCUUGUCGGCACACCUCUUCAAGUCACUUUGAGCAAGUUUGCCAUCCUCCUCUUCGGCCUGGCCAUUCUUCUCGCUCUCAUUGUCUUCUCUGUCAACAAAUGGGACCUCUCAGGAGAGGUUGUCAUCUACGGCAUCUGUGUCGCUGUUGCAGUUAUCCCGGAAUCUCUCAUUGCGGUCCUGACAAUCACAUUGGCCAUUGGCAUCAAAGCUAUGGCUAAGGGUAAUGUGAUCGUUAGGAGAAUGCAAGCCCUGGAGGCAAUAGGUGGCAUCACCCAUAUCUGUUCUGAUAAAACUGGGACUUUGACCCAAGGCAAGAUGAUUGCUCGCAAAGUUUGGGUCCCAGAAAUGGGCACCCUUUGCAUCCAUGGUACCACUGACAGCUUCGAUCCAUCCAGUGGCCAUGCUAUGCUAGACGAGAAGGCUAUCGACAAAUCCGAUGAACUGAAUCCGAUGCUGUCAAAACUCUUGGAUGCUACCGCCCUGUGCAAUCUGUCGACUGUCUACAACACUCUCGGACAGAGCACCAACGAAAAAGCAACCUCGACCUGGACUGCGGUUGGCGAACCAACAGAUAUCGCACUCCAAGUUCUCGCAAUGGGCUUUGGCCACGGCAAAACCGACAUCCUCGCAAACAGUGAAGUGGCUUUUUUCGCCGAGCAUCCUUUCAAUUCCGCCAUCAAGCGCAUGUCAGUUGCCUACCGAAACCAGGCUACCGAUACUAUCGAUAUUUUUCUCAAAGGUGCUGUCGAAGCUGUCCUUCCCUUGAUUAACUCCUCGCCCAAUGAGAAAGCUGAAAUCGAGAAGCGAAUGAGCGAGCUUGCUAAGGAGGGCUUGCGAGUCCUCUGCAUUGCUACUAAAUCUAUCCAUUCUUCGUCUGCCUCCGAGGUGGCUAGCAGAGAAUGGACUGAAAGCAACCUCGAAUUUCUUGGCCUGGUUGGAUUAUAUGACCCUCCACGUCUCGAGACCGCCGGUGCUAUUGCAGCCUGUAAACAGGCAGGUAUAAGCAUACAUAUGCUUACCGGUGAUCAUAUCGACACUGCCACUGCAAUCUCAGAAGAAAUCGGUCUUCUACACGCUCUCGACUUUACUACCACAAAUAAAAGUACUCUGGUCAUGCAAGGUGGCCAGUUCGACGAGCUCUCUGACGCGGAAAUCGACUCUCUAGACGCUCUACCUAUAGUGUUGACUCGUUGUAGUCCAGCUACAAAGGUCCGCAUGGUAGACGCUCUCCACCGCCGCAGUGCCUUCUGCGUCAUGACUGGUGACGGUGUCAAUGAUGCUCCAGCUCUGAAACGGGCAGAUGUUGGUAUCGCCAUGGGCCUAAAUGGGUCCGACGUUGCCAAAGAAGCCGCAGAUAUGGUAUUAACGGACGACAACUUCGCCUCGAUAGUGAAAGCUGUCGAAGAGGGCCGCCGACUAUUCGACAACAUCCAAAAAUUCCUUCUACAUCUCCUGGUUUGUAACAUCGCGCAAGUCAUCCUACUGCUGAUUGCACUUGCGUUUAGGGAUGACGGUGGGAAUAGCGUGUUCCCCCUUAGUCCGUUGGAGAUUCUCUGGGUCAAUAUGAUCACGAGCUCUUUCCUGGCACUUGGCUUGGGGAUGGAGGAGAAGACGUCAGAUGUUAUGUUGCGUCCUCCACACUCUCUACGUGUUGGUAUAUUUACAAAGGAGCUCAUCAUAGAUAAAAUGGUGUAUGGCUCCCUCAUGGGCUCCCUCUGCCUGGCCUCCUUCGCCGUCGUUGUCUAUGGCGCCAACGGCGGAGAUCUUGGCGAUGAUUGUAACGAGGAAUAUAACGACACGUGCGAUGUGGUGUUCCGUGCUCGCGCGACGGUCUUCGCAGUGCUUUCGUUCCUCAUAUUAGUCACGGCAUGGGAGGUCAAGCACUUCAGUCGGUCAUUGUUCAACCUUGACCCGACCCGCUACCGUGGCAAAUUCGCCGUCUUUCAGGCGAUCUGGUACAACCGGUUCCUAUUCUGGGCCGUGGUAGCCGGAUUCGUUAUUACGUUCCCGGUCAUCUAUAUCCCCGUUGUCAACAAGGUGGUCUUCAAGCACAUGGGGAUCACAUGGGAAUGGGGUAUUGUGGUGUCAUGUCUUGUCAUCUAUCUGGUGGGCAUCGAAUCCUGGAAAGCGAUCAAGCGCCGCUUUGGUCUCUAUUCUGGCAGGAAUACUAGCCUCCAUACUAGUAUUAUUGACGGUGUCGCUGUGUAG